AUACAAACUAAAAACAAGAAGAAGACUUGCAUAAAUUAAGAAGUAAACAUAACCUAAUUUAUCUUAACAUACUUUUGUAUUCAAUUUUCAAUUAAUUAACGUUUCAAAUUAAAAAUGAACGUAGUUCGACGUUUCUCAUCACAUAUAUUAAAAAACAGACCUGCUUAUGUUCGAUCUAGCAGCACCAACAUCGAUGCCCCUGAUUUUGAAAUGGAAAACCCAUAUGAGAAAGAAAAAGUUCAGUGUAUUUUAUGUAAACACAAAAUAGAACCAGAUUACAAAAAUGUUAGGCUACUUUCACAAUUUCAAUCUCCUUAUACAGGACGUAUUUAUGGCAGACAUAUUACUGGUUUGUGCAAACAACAACAAGAAAAAGUUGAAAAGGAAAUAGUGAAAGCACAGUUUGCAGGUCUAAUGGCUUAUUACCUGAAAGAACCUGCGUUUUUACAAGACCCUGAAUUAUUUGAUGUAGAGAAGCCUAUAAGACCACAUCGGUUUUAGAUUUGUUUCAUUAAAUGUAAGUUACUGUGCUUAGUUUUGUUAAUAUUGCUUUUAAAUAUAUCUUAAUAUUAA